GAAGCAAGAAACAGAAGCCACAUAGCAAUCUGGACAGAAAAUGAAGUUUACCUUGGAUAUACUAAUCUUAGCUUUGUCAAAAUAGUAACUACUACAGAAAUGAGAAAUCGUCUAAAUAUAUCAUCACUUGAUACUCUGACUAUACACAAUGUUGAGUAUACAGGACACCCUCUGGAACUUGCUGUGUUAUUCAGUUAUUGCACUACAUGUACUGUCACCAAAACGAUUUACAUAGUGAUAUAUAAUGAAGAUACAAGACAGCAGGUGUGCCAAGACUUCGAAUUAGAUGUCCCUAUUAACAGCUUUUUAGUUCCACGUUUUAUAUUUUCAGCAAUAACAGAAUUAAUACUAUGGGAUAAACACAGGAUCUACUAUUAUUAUAAUAAUUUCACCGAUAACGGAGUUAUACAAACACCUACAGGAAAUGGAAAUCUAUCGAUAUUAUCGAAUGACAGCAUUAUUCAUGAUGUGUUUAUGGUUUGCUCAUACCUAAUUCAGCAAUUUCUUCAGAGACUUGCUUUAUCAAAAUUUGCCAGAAAAAUCAACUUUGUUGUCAGGGAAACAAUUCUAUCAUUUUCUCAGAAUAUAAAUUACGAGGCAGUAAAGGAUUACUUCAAGUUGCAAAACCAGAACACAGGUCUUGUGCUUCUUAAUCUUCGACCUAGUGAAUAUUCAAAAACAUGUCCAACAGCCAAAAAGGUGUUCCAAAUAGCUGUUGGCUGUGAUAAAAACAAAUUCAUUGCAGUGAAAGGAUUUAAUAAUACAGAAUGUCUACACCAUGAUUUUUCUUAUGUGAUCGAAAAGUCAUAUCUAAGGCAUCGACCAUCUAAAAACUUGAAAGUGAGGUAUGAUUGGAAUGCAUAUGGCUGCCCGCUGAAACUUGAUUCCACGGAAAAGUUCCAACCUGUGAUUCAAUUAUUUGAUGAUAAUGGCUUUAUUGAAAAUGUUGAAGCAAAUUUCAUAGUGUGGGAAAUACAUGGCAGGAAAGACUAUAGCUUUAAUAAUACUAUGAAGCAGAGUGGUUGUUUAAAUGAAGCACAGACUUGGAAGUCAAUGACUGAGCUAAACAAGCAUCUCCCAUUAGGAAACGCCUGGGGACCUGAGAACUAUAAGCACUGUUUUUCUUAUGCUAUUGGAAAACCAGGGGACUUAAAUCAACCAUAUGAGAUUAUCAACCAUUCUAAUGGUAACCAUUUAUUUUGGCCCGAGGGCCAUUCCGGAAUGUACAUUUUUUGUGUGAAGAUCCUGGAUCCAAACUAUAGGUAA